AGGGAAGCGAAAGCGAAAGCCUUGCGUCACAACGGAUAGAGCUAUUCAUUUUCUGUCUCUUCCGCAAGAUGUCCUCCUCAUCGCAAAACGUCCAGUCUGCGCAGCAGCAGGUUUCCGCCUGGUUUGACCCGGAGGUCAUUGCCGAAUUACGCCGGGAGUUUGACGCCGCAGAUUUGGACAAAAGUGGCAGCAUCGACGUGAAGGAAGCUUGCGUGCUUUUCGCCCGGUUUGCGGCUAAAAGUGGAGGUAGCUCGUCAGGGUCAACGUCUUCUAUUGCGGGUGGAGGAGAAUCGUACUACACGACUGCAAACUCGUCUGCAUCUCCUUCCUCGUCUUCUAGUAGCUCGAAACCUGCUGGAGGUGCUGGUGCUUCAGCAGUACAGCCAGCACCGGAGUUUUUACCCCCAGACGUGAGCUCCGAAAACUACCGGCUGGCGAUGCGGAUGCUGCAGCAGAUGAACGUGCGGGACGGAAAAAUCACGUUCGAGCAGUUUUGCUUCCGGUUCGGGCGCAAACUGCAACAGGAACGCAAUCGGCAGCGCCGGUUGAUCUUGGCACAGGACAUUCCUUUCACAUCGCUGGACCAAAGUCGAAACUCGCAGACGGAGGAGGGAAUAAGGAGAAGUAAAAGCAGUCGAGAGGACGAGGAUCGUGGAGAUGUUGAAGAUCAACAUCUCGACGUCCAAGAAGUCGUCCAGCAACCUCACCCCCUCGACACGUCGAAAGAACAGCUUGCGACCGUGAUUGAUGAGAUACUCAGAGAAGUCAACCACGCGAGAGCGCAACACUCCCUGCAGCCGAUGGCGCUCCACUACCACCUCUGCAGGGGCGCGAUCCAGCACGCCGAUGAUGUGGCCUCAGGGGCGGCGAAUUUCUCGCACGAGAACGCGGAGCACCGGAUUUUCAGCUGUGGCCACUUCGAGGGCAUCGGGGAGAACCUGGCGCGACUGGAUGGGUACGCGUUGCCGCAUGUGCCCGAGGGGUGCGUGCGGGGAUGGGAAAACUCCCCGGGGCAUUUGCGCAACAUGCUCCUCGCGGAGUUUAACGUGUGCGGCAUUGGCGUGGGGCAGCGGAAAGAAACCACAUUCAUCACAGCGCUGUUCGCGAUCGAGAGCGACGGGGCCCGGGAGGUGAACUGUAAGCAGGCGAAGACCAGAAUGGUGAACGGGAGUGUGGUUCGUGAGGCGGCAAGGGAAACGACCUUGCUGAAAAGCGCGGCGGAGGUUUUGUUGCCCUCGAGGAGCGGAGGAGUUGUGCUGUCGGGAAAUUAUUCUUCUGCAAGAACGGCAGCUGCUGUGUCUGGAUCUUCUGCAUCGUCCUCGUCUACCGGAGCACUUUCUGCCCGGGCCUCCGCGGCGCAGCAGGAACAUCAAGAACUACACGGCGGAGAAGAAGAAGGAGCUGCUGCAGAUGAUGAGCAGAGGACCUCUAAUUUGCCUGAGCUGCGAACCCGUCACCAAGCUCCUUCGAACAGCAGGAGCAACGCGACUGCUUCUAACUCUGACCAUAACACGAGGACUCCGAGAUCCUCGGGCCAGCAAGAACCGCAGCCCAACCCACCCGAUAAUGGUAAUAAUCACCAGCAGCAGCAGCAGCCCUCCUCGUCCUCGUCCCAGACGCAACGAGAGCAUCCCCAGCCGCCUCACCGCCGCGGCACGCGGCAAACGACUUACUACGAGGAUUUCCAAGAAGUUUUUCGCAACUACCACCAACCGAUCCUGUUCUUCGUGGCGUGGCUUCUGGCGUUCUCCUUUCUCCACUUUGGCGGUCACGAUUUGAGACAAGCGCCGGAACUGAUCAGGCGGGUCGAAGAAAUCUACAACUGGCUGGAGAAAUGGAUUCCGUUGGAGAGUGUAGUGGGAGCAACGGGCGGGCACGGGAUAAAUAAUCGAGGUGACCCCUCCUGCUGGAACGGCGGCUUCAACUUCGCCUUUUGCUGCACCCCGGUGGGAAGUGGAAAUCCGGAGUGCUGGGACUCGGUUUUCACAUAUCAGAGGUGUUGCGUAGCGGACGGAAAUGGCGAUCGGAGGUGACAACGAAGACCACAAAAGGCCGCAUAGGCUGGCUUUUGAGUGCAGUCAUGUCUACCUACUCUCGGACACGCAAGAACCGCCGCCGCACGGAGUGAAAGUUCGGAUCAUCAAUACAGAUGAAGCAACAUCUUCAAUGCGAAAGACAGCAGCAUGAGUCAGUGUUUCUCUACUUGCGUCCCCAGUUGUAUUAUGUGCCUCGAGAUGAAAGAACAGCUGGUCAGCUCUCGGUAAAGGAAAACGUAAAUCUAAAUUCGUAGAGGCCAUUUUCACAUGUCGUUCCUAGUCCGCCCAAGAAAUCAAAUUCGGUUUGACGGAGAGAACGCUUCUUCAAAAUCUAGUCUGUCGGUAAAAGUUGAGCCGCCACUCGUUAUUUGCCGUUGCUGUCGCGCAGAACCGAAUCUGCGUCCUCUCGGUUUGUGAUCAAAACGACGAUAUGUAACUAUCGGUAUGCCGUGCCAGAACCGGAGACAAAAACCAAAGAAUUUUCGGUGGCUCGUUCAUGCUACCAGUGACUUUUCGUCCAUUCGUCCAUGCGAUUUACACGUACGAAAUCCUACGUACGUCGACAAGCACUAGCGCAUUUCGAUUUUUUGUUUUUACCGAUGAUGUCUUGCAGUGAAAUUAUUUAAAGUAUAAACAAUAACAAAGCUUUUGCAUUCCCCACUCAACAAAACUUCAAGUGAAAUUAAAGCAUCCUAAAUUUUUUCCUCAUCGAACAAAAACACAUUCCCUGUCGUGUCUGACUCCUUUCAACUACAUUUUGUGAUACAACACGUCUUCCACGUACUUUCUUACAAAAAAAAAAAAAUGUACAAGUUAAU